GGAGGUCAGGCCUGCCUGUCGCGGGGGCGGGGCCUCAGGAGCCUUGGGCCCGGGGAGCUAGUUGCCGGGAACGCAAGUCCCGGAGUCCAGAAGCCGAGGAGACAUGGCCGCCCCUCGAGACGCUGAGAUCCGGAAGGACGUGCAGGUGCCAGCAAGAAGGACCUGUAAUGGCCAAGAAGGAGCCUCGGCUGAGUGGGAGCACUAGGCCUUUGGAAGCCCAGCCCGGCCUGUGCCCUUGCCCUCCCCUCCCCCCUCCAACCCCAGGAUCAGGGAGGGGCGAGGGGAGGGUGCAGGGCAGAGUCUGAGCUUAGAGCUUUGCAGGGAGCAAGCCUAGCCAGGCCUGAAUGUGUGGAGAUGGGGGUGGUGGGCAUGGGAGCCGUUACCCUGCGCUCACCAGCUCCGGCUCUUCUCUCUCCCCACCCCCACCCGCCCUUGCCCCCCGGUCAGACCUACUAUGGGCAGGUGCUGAAGAAAUCAGCGGACCUCCAGACCAAUGCCUGUGUCACGGCAGCCAGGCCGGUCCCCAAGCACAUCCGGGAAGCCUUGAAUAACGUACAUGAAGAAGUAGCCCUGAGGUAUUAUGGCUGUGGUCUGGUCAUCCCCGAGCAUCUGGAAAACUGCUGGAUUUUGGACCUGGGCAGUGGAAGUGGCCGAGAUUGCUAUGCGCUUAGUCAGCUGGUUGGUGAGAUGGGACAUGUCACUGGAAUAGACAUGACAGAGAGUCAGGUAGAAGUGGCUAAAAAGUAUAUUGAAUAUCACAUGGAAAAAUAUGGCUUCCAGACCCCCAACGUGACUUUUCAUCGUGGCUACAUAGAGAAGUUGGAGGAGACUGGAAUCAAGAAUGAGAGUUAUGAUAUUGUUAUAUCAAAUUGUGUCAUUAACCUUGUGCCUGAUAAGCAGCAAGUGCUACAGGAGGUUCACCGAGUGCUGAAGCAUGGAGGGGAGCUGUAUUUCAGUGACGUCUAUGCUAGCCUUGAAUUGCCAGAAGAAAUCAGGACACGCCGAGUUUUGUGGGGUGAGUGCCUGGGUGGUGCUUUGUACUGGAAGGACCUUGCCAUCCUUGCCCAGAAAAUUGGUUUCUGCCGCCCACGUUUGGUCAGUGCCAACCUCAUUACAGUUCAAAACGAGGAACUAGAAAGAGUGAUCGGUGACUGUCGUUUUGUUUCUGCAACAUUUCGCCUCUUCAAACUCCCUAAGACAGGACCAGCCGAAAGAUGCCAAGUUAUUUACAAUGGAGGAAUCACAGGACACGAAAAAGAACUAAUAUUUGAUGCAAAUUUCACAUUUAAGGAGGGUGAAAUUGUUGAAGUGGAUGAAGAAACAGCAGCUAUCCUGAAGAAUUCACGAUUUGCCCAAGAUUUUCUGAUCAGACCAAUUGGAGAGAAGCUGUCAACAUGUAGAGGGUGUUCUGCAUUAGAAUCAAAGGAUAUAAUCACAGAUCCAUUCAAGCUUGCAGAAGAGUCUGACCGUACGAAGUCCAGAUGUCCCCCUGAUGUUGCUGGAAGUUGCUGUGGCACAAUUUACAGCUGACCAGAAGACGAGGGCAGGAGGCUAAGGAAUGAAUUUAAAAAGAGAUCCCUAGGAGCAAGUGUUGCCCUUGCCCUCCAUUCAUACAGAUGGACAGAUCCAGAAGCCCCUGGAAGUCAUGAUAAAUCUGCACCAACAGCCCCUUGCUAAAGAGAGAGUGACUCCCUUGAGCUAAAAAGCCUGCAAACUUGAAGGAAGAUCCUUCUUUCUGAGGCAAAUUCACUUGGUUUUUUGCUCUGUGUCUUGGGUGUACAUGAAGAAGAUGACCUCCUUGACCUUGGCACCACUCAGGAUAAGCAUCACUCGGUGAUCCCCGUGUGAAUCUGAGCUUGGCUUAUUUUAUAUUUUAAGUUGUCCUGGUGGGUCCUUUCUUACGUAUUUGUGAUGAAGUCCUGAAUGUCUAACUUGUUUCUAAAUUGCUGAAUGCCACACUUUCCUGACCGUUGUAGUUUUCUCUGCAAUGCACCGGAAAUAUCUGUAGGUUUGGCAAACUCUCCCCCGCCCCCUUCUCCACAUUUAUUUCAAAAGUGUACAUUCAGCAUUUGUGAGCUGUUAAUGGUCUCCUUCUUAGCUCCCUUAAACACACUUGAACUCAUGUUUUUUAAGAAGUGAAAACAGUUUUGUUUUCAAUCAGCUGAUUUAGAAGGACCAUAUCUAUCUUUAACCUUUGUCAGAUAGCCCUGAAAAUCUCCACUUUUUCCCCCAAAACUUUGAUAAUGCUGUUUUUAUAAAUGCAUGCCAAGUGUGUGAAUCAGGUUCUUUUAAUCUGAACUUAUUUUUCAAAUAUAGCAAUGAGAGGGUUGGGGGUGGAGGAAACAUCGCCAGAAACUGAAGUGCUGGAAAAUAGAGUCAGGGACAUUAUUUGGAAUGAUCAGAAUAAAAAUUCUUCCAUUUCUUUAACCUUCUACAAGUGUGGUUUGCAACAUCUACUGUUAUUCUAGGCCCUGGUGAUACAGCAGUGAACAAAACACACAAAAUCUUUGCCCUGGGGAAGCUUAAGCUCUGGUGGAAGGAGACAGAUCAUAAUCAAAAUUAAGGGAAAUAAAACAGAGAUGGAGUAUAGGGAGUGUUUGCUUGUGAGUUUACAAAAAGGUGACCUUUAAAGGGCACCUGGGUGGUUCAGCCGGUUGAGUGACUCUUGAUUUUGGCUCAGGUCAUGAUCUUGUGGUUGGUGAGUUUGAGCCCUGCAUCAGGCUCUGCGCUGAUGGUGUGGAGCCUGCUUGGGAUUCUCUCUCUGCCCCUCCCUGGCUCACGUUUUCUCUCUCUCUCCCUCUCUUGAAAGAAAUAAACUUAAAAGUGGCUUUCGAGCAGUCUUGGAGGGGGACUGAUGGGCUACGCUGUGACCUGGGGGAAGAGAGUCCCAGGCACGGGAAACAGACAGCGAGUGCACAGGCUCACAGAGGAGCAUCCCUGGAGUGAAUGAAAAACAGCCAGGAGAAGCCUGCUGGAGCAGCAGUUGAUGGGGUCAGAGAAAUAAGGGGAGGCGGUACACCCUUUCAAGCCUUGCAGGAUAUUGUAGGUAUUGUGGCUUUUACUGUGAUGGCAUGAGAAGCCAGAUGGGGAUUUCGAACAAAGGAGCAACAGGAUCUGAUGUAACAAGACCACUCUGGCUGCAGGGCUGAGAAGGGAAAGGGGCAGGUCUGGAAGAAGAAAGAGCAGUUAGGAGGCCGUUGCUAUUACCCGACCAGAAAUUAAUCAGGAACAUCUGACUGGUUUACAAAAGGGAAGAAAAUGUGCUUGCAGAAUACAAAAAAAAAAAAAAAAAAAAAAAAAAAAAAAAAGGAAAUAGUAAU